AUGGUUCAAAAACCCAGAUGGGGCGAAUUGGAGGAAGAAGCUGAUGGCGGUGACUAUGACUAUUUGUUGCCGCCGAAACAGGUUAUUGGACCCGAUGAACACGGGUUGAAAGUACAAAUUCAACGACGAAGCGCGCCAUGGAGAGGCGUUCUUGGCCUAAGUUCGGUGAUGCCGUUCAAGAGGACGUCGGCGCCAAACUCACCAUGGUUUCUACCGAGGAAAUCAUCUUUGAGCGACCAAGGGCUCCAGGUUUUUGAGGCUUCAAGUUUACAAAUAUUUUCUCUAAGUGAGUUGGAUUAUUUACUCUGUGGGCGUAGAGAAAUGUGGGAGGCUGAUACACUUGUGGAACACAUAAAAUUCGACCAUGGAUACACAUCCAAGAGCCCUGUAGUAAUUAAUUUGCUUGAGAUAAUGGGAGAGUUCAAUCCAAAACAGCAAAGGGCAUUCUGUCAGUUUGUUACUGGUGCACCUCGGCUUCCUCCAGGUGGCUUGGCUGUCUUGAACCCUAAGUUGACCAUUGUCAGAAAGUUUUAUCUUGUUUCUGAUAUAGCCGUGAAAGAACUCAUUGCAGUUGCCACCAACAGAGAAGAUUCAAAAAGUGUUGUAGAGCUAACAAAUGGUUCUUCAGAGGAUACUAAAGAGCAAAUCUUGCAAAGGAUAUUUUUUGUUUUGUUUUGCAGAGGAUACCCCUCACAUUUUCCCAAAUUACCCCUUCCUCUACAAUGUUUUUUUGUUUCUGUGUAUUUUGUGCAUCAGGUAAAGUUGGUGGAAGAAAGGAAUAUGAAGUCACUUGAUUCAAAUCUUGCAGCAUUAGUCUUAAAGAAUUAUGAAAGGCAAGAUGCAACUUUACUUAGUUGA